CAAAGCUUUAGCUUGUCCAUUUAACAUCUAAAAGUUCCAAAUCCAAUUCCUAAACAAGUUCCAAAAUCCAUUAAAACCAACAACAAUCUUGAAUUCAAGCUCUAGCUUGUUGUUCAUUAGCCUUCAACAAUAGCCAAAUCCAUUCCUAGAGAAGUUUCCUUAAUCCAUUAAACAAACGCCACACAAGAUGUUUCAUAUAUUUUUUUCAAGAAAAUUGUGACCAUCAAAUCAAACACACGCAUAAAAGAGCAAGCAUUAUUACUUUUAUUGCUGCUCGAUUUUGUAAACAUCAGGGGCUUAAGGAAAACACUAAGCUGACAUCGUCACUAGACAGAGAUGACGAACAAAAGGUUUCCAACUUUACAAGUCGAUGAUUAUCAGAAUUCCAGAAAGGGAUGAUCAUCAAAGAUGGCUUCUUCGUCUUUUUAUUUUUAUUUUUAUUAGGGACCGAAUCUAAAGGAGUUAGUCUAUUAAACUAGGUUGUGUUAGACUUGUUAAGUUCAAAACGAACGGCUAAGAUCUGUCUGAACUCCGAAAAGGAAACUUCUUUGUCUUUUUAUAUCGAUCUAAGAUCUAUCAAUCGAGUCAAAAUUAAGGGUUUUCGUUCCAUGAUGAAACCUGAGAAGGGCAGCCGAUGCAUCUUGGAACCGAUCCCUCUUGAUCUGAAGAAAUUGACUAGAUCGCCUGCAAAGAGCCGCCCAGGUAAGAAGCUACAUGUCUUCCUCCCUUACGAUAUGGAGGUGGAGACACUGAUUAGAUUGCCUGGAAAGUCGCUUAUGAAGUUCCUAUGCGUGUCCAAGACUUGGUCUUCCUUUAUCCGAAGCCAAAGAUUCGUCGCUUCUUACUACGCUGCCAAGCCAUAGCUUUUGUUAUAACACUUGGAGGAGGAGGAGGAGGAGGACUAGUAUCUCGUAGCCGAGUUACCUCCCCGUAUUAUCGCCCUAUGACUGUGGGACUAAGCAUCAAUGGUUUCAUGUAUUAUGCUGCUUCUGUUCCAAAUCAAACUGCAGAGACUCCUCCUACUCAUGUGUUUGUGUGUUUUGAUGUUAGAAACGAGAGGAUACUAAGUUUUAUCACUACGCCUAAGGAGGUCCUGGUUUGGAAGGUUCAUACAUCAUUGAUAGAAUACAAAGGGAAGCUAGCUGUCGUUGUACCAACAAACUGUUUGAGAUCUGGUUCUUCUUUCGACCGUUUUGAUCUUUGGAUACUGGAGGAUGUGACGAAACAUGAGUGGUCCAGACAAUCAUUUCAGCUUCCCUUGUCUCUUCCCUUCGCUUUUCGGAGGAGUCAGCGUAUGAUUUCCCAAGGAACCAACAAGGCCGGUGAAAUCAUUUUCUCCCCAACAUCUCUGCCAGGCCGUGCCCAGCCCUUCUAUGUUUUCUACUUCAACCCAGACACCAAAAACACGAGAAGAGUCAGGAUCCACGGAGUCGCUGAUACUGAAGAGUUCUGGAGCCGUCAUGGACUCACAGGCAUGUGCUGCGUCUCUUUCUCGCCCCAACACGAUGAUAGUAUUGCUUUUUUAUAACUGUGUGUUUUUUUGUGUAAGAGCUUGACAAAACAAAAACUCUCUUUUUUAUUAAUAUUUAUCCAGCAAACUUGUUUUUGUUAUCUUUAGUGACUCGAAUCCGUUGAUGGUUUUUUUUUUUUAAUUUCUUGUUGCUUCUUUAUUCUUGUUUAUUCUAGUUUCACAACUCUUUACUUGUGUAUUGUGUAAUAUGUGCACUAGAUUUCUUUCAACUUGUCUUGCUACUGUGUUCUCUGUUUGUAUAAGGAAGACACUAUGCUUAUACGGUUGGAAAAUUUCUGA